AGAACCUGCCGUUUGAAUUGCAGAGAAACUUCCAGCUCAUGCGAGAUCUGGAUCAGAGGACGGAAGACCUCAAGUCAGAGAUUGAUAAGUUGGCCACGGAGUAUAUCAGCAAUGCACGGACUUUGUCUUCAGAGGAAAAACUGGGGCUUCUCAAGCAAAUCCAGGAGGCCUAUGGGAAAUGCAAGGAGUUUGGAGACGACAAGGUUCAGCUGGCUAUGCAGACCUACGAGAUGGUUGAUAAGCACAUCCGGCGGCUGGACACAGACCUCGCUCGCUUUGAAGCAGACCUGAAGGAGAAGCAGAUAGAGUCGAGUGACUAUGACAGUUCUUCCAGCAAGGGCAAGAAGAAGGGCCGAGCCCAAAAAGAGAAGAAGGCUGCCCGUGCUCGCUCUAAAGGGAAGAAUUCUGAUGAGGAAGCACCAAAAACUGCCCAGAAGAAGCUGAAGCUUGUCCGCACUAGCACAGAGUAUGGGAUGCCUUCAGUCACCUUUGGAAAUGUGCACCCUUCGGAUGUGUUGGAUAUGCCCGUGGACCCCAAUGAGCCUACGUACUGCCUCUGCCACCAGGUCUCCUAUGGGGAGAUGAUUGGCUGCGACAACCCGGAUUGUUCCAUUGAAUGGUUUCAUUUUGCCUGUGUGGGUCUGACAACAAAACCAAGAGGAAAAUGGUUCUGCCCUCGCUGUUCCCAGGAGAGGAAGAAGAAGUAGAAUCCCAUGAGCCCUCAGUACUGCUGCAGGAGCUCUCUUCCCCCUGCCAGGGCCUCGUCCCAGCUCCCCCAGCCCUUGGGGCCUUGGUUGGGGGGAGUCUUGCCCUGUUUGUGGUUUGGGCCAUCCCUGGAAUGGUCUCUGAACCUCAAAGGAAAUGAGUGAGGGCACCAGGGUAGCCACCAGAUUCCUAGGGAUUCAGGUAGCCCCUGAUUUUCCUUGGCUUUCCUUCAGCCUCCUCAGAGUUCAUUGCCUACUCUCUGCUUAGAGAACAAGGCUAUGGGAUGGGGGAAGGAAAGGAGGUUUUUCAGCAUUUUAGGUCUUUGAUUUUCCUGGAUCGUUUUCAGGAGAAAAGGAGUAACCAGGCCACUUCUUAAUCUAGUGGGCUGGUUGGGAGACUGAAAACCAAAUGUACUCCCUAUCUUUAACCAUUCCACUACUGGCAUUGAGCAGCCUCUUUUGUUGGGGAGAGGAGGAGGGAGUGUUUAGAGCUAGCUUUGUCUCUCUUCAUUCCUGGGGUAAACCUGCUGGUCUGGGAAGCACAUUGUGUGAAGGAGGAAGAAUUUCUGACCACAUGGGGAGAAAUGGCUUGAUCUAGCCUUUCUCCCAGCUCCAAAAUUCUGCCUUCCCUUUGUGCAGUGGUGCUUCUCCAUUAUGUUGAUGAUGGGAAGUUUGGGGAUUCAGAUCCCACUUGUGUAAUAUGGAAUUAAAUAAAGUUCGUUGAAAC